GGGCUCUUGGGAAGUGGUGGGACGUUAAGUGAUGUUCGACUUGCCAGUGAGCAGGGAAAUAAAAAGCUUCUCGUGGAGGCUCCACAAAUGUGAGUUUGGACAUUUGGGGAAUGUGAUAUUUUUGGUGGUUGUUUUUUUGUUUGCUUUUUUUUUUUUUUUCAUAAAUCUGAUGAAACUGGGAGGGAGCUGAGAAACUUGGAAGAUUUCAGAGGGGAAUGCUGAAAUAAAAGGGAGGAUUUUCUUUUUUUUUUUUUUUUUUUGGCGACAACAAAAAAAGUUUUCGUCGGCGUGAAGGUGCUUUCCAACCAACCCCGAGCGCCUUCGGAAUAUGCUCGGGACGGGAAUUCCGGCGUUUCUCUCCUAUAAUGCCGCAGAAACCAACUUUUAACGGAACCUCCGUAAAGAUUUCAUCUGACCCAGCAAGGAAGUGAGAGUAGAGGGAAAGUUGGGACACCUCAAUGGAAAAGUGAGUACGUUCUUAAAGCCACAAUGUCUGUUUUUGCUGCUUGGUGCUGCCCUGGCUCCGUGUCCCGGUUUUUAGGGACAAGCCUGGAGAGCAGCAGGAGAAGGAGAAGAUAGCCAGGUUCUGCCUGAAGGGCAAAACCAGAAACCAGAAUGUGGUUAUUCUACUGCUCUAAAACAUUCCCUCCAGUGCAGCUUCCUAGAAAGCAUCUGGAAUGGCUGAAUUUCCUACUUUUAGAGGCGAUAGGAGACGGGAAAAUCUUGGCUUCUGCCAAGUGAGGAAUGUUUGGAGGUGACAGAGCUGAUGGCACUGGAUACAGAAACUUCAGUUUGUAGUUCCAGGAUCCGUUUGCUGCAAACAGUGAAAAAAAAUCUGCUCUUUUCCCAUGUGUGGAUUUAAAAAAAAAAACCACCCCGUGACGAGUGAACCGUGGACGUCUUGUGGUUCCAGUAAAAUUAAGGACCUAAAAAAUCCAUUGUCUGUUUUUCUCCAAGGAUUUUCAGGGAGACAGGCUUGUGAUUCCUUAGGAGCAAAUAUGAUCAUGCUGCCUAUUAGGCCUGGAUGUGCUUGGAUUAUCCUGCUGCUGCUGCUGUGACAAUCAGCAGGAUUAUUCCAGGGGGUAACUGGAAACCGGAGAUUUUUUCCGGAUCGGCUUCACUUGGAAUAAACAUCACGUCAAUGGAAACAGAAUGGUGGAACCUUUCCCAGAGGGAACACAGAUGGCUCUGUUUGGUAUGGGCUGUUUCUGGGGAGCUGAGAGGAAGUUCUGGAGGCAGAAGGGAGUUUACUCCACUCAAGUGGGUUACGCAGGAGGUCACACCCCAAACCCCACCUACAAGGAGGUCUGCUCAGGCAGGACUGGUCACACCGAGGCCGUUCGAGUGGUUUAUCAGCCAGAGAACAUCAGCUUUGAGCAACUGCUCAAGGUCUUCUGGGAGAAUCAUGACCCGACACAAGGGAUGAGACAAGGCAAUGACGUUGGCACUCAGUACCGCUCGGCCAUCUACACCUUCUCCCAGGAACAGAUGGAAGCUGCCCUGAGGUCUAAGGAAGAAUAUCAAAAGGUAUUGACGGAGGGAGGCUUUGGUGCCAUCACCACGGAAAUCCGGGAGGCUCCCGAGUUUUAUUAUGCCGAGGAUUAUCACCAGCAGUACCUCAGCAAGAAUCCCGGCGGAUACUGCGGCCUGGGGGGGACGGGGAUUUCCUGCCCCAUCGGCCUCAAGAAAUAACCUGUGCUUGCUCCACCACCUCCACUUUGGUUUAGGGAGUUUGGGAAAAGACCAUGGACCGUGGUAGAUGCUCCAGCGCAUCCACAGCAUCAGUGCGUCAAGAUUUGGGAAUCUCUUGGGGAAGGUUUUCCGUGAUCGGAGCAACUUCGCAUUCAUCGGCAAUAAAGACCAAAGUAGAGGCAAAAAUUUUUAUUUAGGGAGUUUGGGAAAAGACCAUCAACCCUGGUAGAUGCUCCAGUGCAUCCACA